GAGUUCGGUCCUCGUGUUGCGAAUCGUUUGUGGCGCGGUGGCGCCUUCUCAUAUUCAUUCUACUCUCAUUCUGUGAAAAAUUAGAGGUGCUGUGGCGAGUUCGCAGCAGUGUGGCUUGUGAGUAGAACUGGCGUGAGAGGGGAGUGAGAUCAAGGGCCAGCAUGAGCUCCAGAGAAGUCACCCUACUCGGCGGCUCCCCUUGGGGCUUCCGCAUGCAUGGCGGUCGUGACCUGCAUCAACCCCUCCGCAUCUCUAGGGUCAAUCCAGGUAGUAAAGCUGCUCAGCAGGGUGUCAGAGAGGGUGACUUGAUAAGUAGUAUCAACGGCAAAAGCACUCGCGACCUUACCAACAGUGAGGCUCACGCACUCUUACGAAAUGCCGGUGAUCACUUGAAGCUUGGUCUGAACCAGGAAAGCGGUUCACCUAAAAGACGGAUUUACAAAAGCAGUCUUCAGGAAAGCACUUCGACCGAAACACUAAAAAAGACUACUAAGUCUGUAACACUGAACACACGAAUAACUCCAAUUGAACCGAAAAAAAACGGAGUCGAUGACACCAAUGCUCAUCAAAACUACGUCAAUCAGAACGGUGCUUUAAAAAAUCCGUCACCUGAUCAGCAAAUUGACACUGAAAAAAAGUUUCCUAAAAUAAAUAACGAAACACGUGCACCCGCGGAAAAUCAGAAUACCGUUGAACCUCUGGAUUACUCAACUGACGCUGAAGUUGACAACAGAAGGAUGCCGUGCGGCUCGCGCAACCGAAGGAAUCGCCGAAAUCGGAACCGGAAACGAUUUCAACAACCAUUGACACCUUCAGAAGACUCUUCGAAUAAAGAAGACCAAGAAGGGGACGAAUUUUCCGAAAAUGAAAUAUCGACCAAUAAAAACAAUACGACACAAAUUCAAGAAAAUUCUGAUAACAUAAUUCAGAACGGGGAAGAUUUAGCAGAGGCUAAAAUAAACGGAAGUGCUGUUAAAGUAACGACAGAAAGUCUGCCCUUAGAUGGACUACCUUGUAAAGACAACUUGUCCAUAACACGACGGAGACCCAGACGCAACAAGUUCAAACUCGAAAAAAAAAUUUUUGACACCGGAACCAAAAUUUGCGAGAUAACAACCAUCAGCAAUUUUCCUUUGGAAGCUAAACUCGAUCACAUACCUGGAGUUGGAAUAUUGGAGUCAGGACAUCCGAAAUUCGAAAACUCGUCAUCUAGUAUGACCGUAUCUGAACCUUUGGAACCUGUCAAGCCACUUUCGAGCAAUGUCGUGAACAAGGUCGAGAGCCUUGGCGAUAAACGAUUCGCUCUUGCAAUCUUGGCAAAGAAGGGACACAGUCUCGACAUCCACGAGGUGAGCGACAGUGACAUCGAAACUGAUAAUAGUCGGCAUGAUAUCAUCGUCGAAGCUGAAUCAGAUGUAGAAAGAGAACUUCUUGGAGAACGAUCAAACUCUGAAGAGUCCAGUACCGAUAAACCAGAAACCGAGGAAGAGUCUGAAGCUAAUAUCUCCCAAGAAGAUGAAAUUAAAUUAAGGAAUUUCAUAGAAGGAUUAAAGCUUCCUUCCUCUCAGAGCAUUAAAGAAGACCAGGAGAGUCAAAAAUUAGAACCUCAGAAAUCGGAAUUAGAAAUGCCACAAAGAAAAGUUAAGAAGCGUCCUGCACUGGAGUCUUACUACUCUCAGACACACGAAUCCAAUAGAUUUUUGGAGAUCAUUCAAGAAGAAGGAGAAAAAUUGUCUGAUGAUGAGCAACAUAUAAGAGAUUUUAUUAAUGAAGAGAUUGGUAAGUUCAAAAGGGAUGAUCAUGAUCAGAGGAAAAGGCAGAAAAUGGAAGAUGGGGAUCUGAUAAGCGAAGAAGAUACAAAAGAUGAAGAAAAUGCAGAAGCAAUAAGUGUAACUAAUGAUAAGGGAGAGGAACCAAAGAUUUCUAUUACGGAAACUGAAACAGGAACUGAUUCGAUGGAGGAAAAAAAUCCAAAUAAAGAAGGAUUAGCAACAAAUAAUUCUUCAGAAGAUGUGGAACAAAACUUAGUUAAUGGUAAUCUAGAGACAAAGAAAGAUAAAAUCAGUCAUAAGGCAAUUAAUACCACAUCUCUUGAACCUCCUUCUAAAUUAAACUCUCAAGAUUUUAUUUCAUCGGCCGAAAAAAUACAACCUGUUCAAAAUCAUCUUCACCAUCCGUACAAAAAUUCGUUUUUACCACAUCAUAAUUUUAAAGAGGAUAGUUUCUACGAUCCGAGAUACAACCACCCCUUUCAAAAUUUCACUUCCUUAAUACAAGACAACAUAGUAAAUGAUAUGUCCGGAUUUAAACGUCCACCUACGCCACCAAAACGAACCGUGAGUUUCGGAACUGAACCUGAGCCUCAACGACCUCCCACUCCUCCAGAAAUAGAUUAUCCCUUGCCGGAAGUUCCUCCGCUUCCAAAUCGACUCGGCAGGUUUAUAGGUCCACCACCUGCUCCUCCAAUUCGACAGAAGCCGAUGCUUUCUUCAAACCCUCAGAAAUACCUUUCAAAUGAAGAAUGUAUUUUCAAUCCAAAAUUUUUAAAUCGGCAGCAACCAUUCUUAGCAAAUCAUCAUGGACGAGUCCUCGAUGCUUACAAAUCAACAGACCUUUCCGAAACCAAAACUGUAGAAUUUGUCCGAACUUUGCUGACCGUCUUAUCCAAUCACGAAACAACAAGAGAGGAUGUGCAAGAUGUCCUAUGCAAUUUUGAUCUGAGAAAACUACCGCAAAAUAUUCGCGGGAUCAUCGACGAUUUAAUGGCGCCAAGCCUGAGUGCCUCGACCGAGAGUGACAGCGUCGCCAAUUUAUGUAACGAUCGCAAGUUUGGCAAUGAUGCGAGCCUUGAAAUAGCGCAUGACUGCGUACACGACGCGACGCUCGAAAAAUUCUCAGAGUUUACCCACUCGACCACACCCUUCCCAAACGUCAACGUAUUACUUAGUGUGCCAGAAAAAGACCAGUGUCAACCGAAAACCGUUAGCGGAGAAACUACUUUCCACGAGGGGAGAAAUUCCUUUUGUUCGGUCAGUGAAGAAUACAAGGAAAACUUGGCUACCUUUGAUGGGAAAUUGGGUAAAGAAAUUAAAGAAAACAUUUUCAACUCUGCAAAUGAGCAAAUUACUAUAGACCAAAGGCCAGAAAAUUUCGAUAGUACACACGACUCCGAAAGUUCAAUCAGUUCUCCGAGUCCUGAUUUUCAAGGUCAAGAUUCUACCAGUAGUUCUGCUACCCCCAGCACUGCAAGGUACAAUCCAAAAAGAUCAUCUUUAGAUAUAUCUUCUGAUAUUGAAGAGGAAGAAAAGAAAACACUAGAAGAUAAAAGAUCACCCAAGCCGAAAAGAAAACUAGUUCUCCUUAAGGCAUCUGAGGAAAAUUGCAGGAACAGUAAAGAUGCAGAAUCUCCUCAGCCUAUUCCUUACUCACCUGUAGAAGAUUUUUACUUUGCACCAAUAGAUGAAGCCCGAAACAAAAAGUCCGACAAUCGACCGGAUCUGUUAAAGGAUCUAUGCAUCAAAAAGAUUUUGUCAAUGCCUUAUGGGGAACAGAUAAUCAAUGAAAUUACAGUGUCCAAGUACAGCAUAUUCAAAAAUUUGAAUAAUAUUCAAGAAGCUAGCAUAAGUUUGCAUAAUGCUGGUAAACUUGACGAAAAAAACAUGCAGCACCAAAGACCAAAUACUUGGAUGGGUGUCCCUACAACUGAGAAACCUAAUUUACUAGUUUGCUUAUCACCUUCACAGCAAGAAACUGAAAUUCUAAAAGAUGCUGACAAAUUGCUGGACCUGCAUACCAAGUUCCUUAACAGGCGCAGUUAUCAUAGUGAUCAACCCCAACGAGUCUCCCCUCCGAAAUAUACAGUUGAUAUUAACCCAAAAGUGUCUCAGUUACAAAGAGAUAAAAAAUACUUGACUUAUGAAUUUUCUUACAAUGAUUCUCGUAACAGGUUGCUAAAUAUCAUUAAAGAAAAUCCAGUAGCUCCUUUAUCUAAUAUAAAGUCUGAAAAUUCCCAAGACCGUUUGAGGGUCACUCGACUAAGUGAUUGGUUGAACCUCGCGAGACGCGAUUCCGCUGAUAUCACAGAAUGGGCGAGAACUAGUGCGUCUGGCGAACUAUUAAUAGAACAAAAAGAGAAUACACACGAGAAUUCUGAUAAGGGGUUCAACUUGAUACCAGACAUCAGUAGUGACGAAUCCGGAGUGGGCGGAACAGUGAUGAAAAACGAUUCAAUGAAAAGCGAUGCAAUAAAACAGGAAGGAUUGAAAAAUAAAUUGCUGAACAAAUCAGAGACAAUGUAUGAAAAUGUUAUUGGAAGGAAAUUUGGAGAAAACAAUUAUUAUAUUAAUAGUGCUUUAAUAGUUUGUUCACCUGAGACAGAGUCACCUGCUCGUUGCACGACUCCACUACGCAAGAGUCCAAUUUCUGUGAAUAGCGCGAUAAUCAACAAGUCGCCGAGCUUCGCUGAAGGUAAGAAGACACCAGUUCGGAAGAAUAUCGAUCCGAGGCAGAACGUUAAUCCAGCUUUAAUCGACGAUAGGCCUGAGGUGCCACCUAAGAUCAAGAAACCUGUGACUGUUGACAAAUCUUGUAUAGAUACGACUAGCAUUUUUGAUAAGGUACCUCCUAGAUGUCAUCUAGAGGAGAGGAAGUAUGAAGACUUUAGCAGUGCUAAAGAAGUGACUCCCAGAGGCAUUCUGGAAAAUUUGAAGCAGUUGCAGGUUAGUAUGAAGGAUCAGCUAGAUGGACGUAGGAGGUAUUCUUUGCCUCAGGAGUAUUUUGACAAGCAAUUGAGGUAUAUUGAGUUGCUGGAGAGCCAACUGAAGGAUGUGCUUAUGUCAGAAAAAGAGUGUCUUAGUGAAGAGGAAGAAAAUUGUAUCGAAAAAGAUGAUGAUGGAUCUAUUAAUAAAGAUGUUGAUAAAAGUCUUAAUGGACGUGAUGGCAGCACUAAAAAAGAAUCUUGGCACGAGGAGUUUAGGCAGGUAGAUAAAAAUAAUUCUGAUCUCAUUGUCAGCAAGCGAGAAGGCACUCGCGAAUCAUCAAGAAACGUGUCAGAUAAGGAUGGUGUUCAUAUGGCGCAUCUUAGGGAAAAAAUCGAAAGUAAAGAAGAGUGCCAAAAAGAAUCAAAUUAUCAAGAUUCUCAAAGGUCCUCACUUUCCAGAAAGUUUACUCAAGAAACCAUAAAUGUAGAUAAAGUGGAACAUGAAGAAGUGGUUCGUAAAGUUGAACCAGGGCGUAAGAACAUCAAAGAAAGACCGAAAUCUACAGCAUCUGUGCUAACAAAUGGAGAGGUAUUUCGGAAACAAAUGUACGAUGAGUAUGUCCAUAAAGUUUUGGAAAGGGAGGAGAGGAAACAUCAUAAGGUGAUAAAGAUAAGGUCACAUUUUGAUCUUCAAAAGACGGAUAAGUGCGGGGAAGAUAACUUAAGUGUAGUAGAAAAAGAGUUUAUAGAAAAGGCUAAAAACAGAAUGAACAAAUUCGGGAUUCAUUUAGAUGAUGGUGAUUCAGAGUUUAGUGGUGCUGUUGAAAAAAAGAAUGAGGAGGAAGAGGAUGAUGAUGAGCUGAGGAAGGCCAGGUGUCUCGUGGAUGGCAGGGAGGUCAAGGACGCUAGGAGUUUGCCCAAGCAUCUACAGGAGUUUCUGCAACUUUCUGCGAAAAUACCAGACGAGGAGGACGAGGGAAGUGGCAAUGCCAUUCGCCCCGGAAGGAGACAUAAAACUACUGAUCUUCUGCACGAGAUUGACACGGCUUUGAAUAUCGGCAAAGGAUUUUUGCUUGGUAAAGAAAGCGUCAUGUUUGCCCCGACUUUCAAAGCUUCAUCGGCGAAGCCAGGUGUCUGGUCACCAGGAAACGAACCUCUGCCACUGCUAAAACAACCGUCAUCAGAUCGAAAUAAGGACGAAAAGGAUUCUGGAAUCCCUCCCGUUUGGACCCCAUCAAGUGCCGGUCCAAGUCCUGUUCCUGAAAGAAAAGAAUUCCGUCCAGUUCCCUUUGAAAGUCCUAUAUUGGGCAGGAGAAACCCACCCAUAAAGCAGACAUCACAAGACGAAUCACCUCCACCUUGGCAAAGCGAAGAACAAAAAAGGGAGGCCUCAAAUGUUCUUUCGCAAAAUAUCACAUCUCGCAUCGUCAACUCACACUCUGCUCCUUCUCAGGGGUUGAACACCCUCGCUGGUACACCUCGUUUACCCCGGGCGCAAAAUCCUACAAUCACGCUUCUACAGAAAGCCAGAGAAGGACAAUUACCAAAAGGCGCUGCGUACCUAGAGGAGAGCCAGAGUCCGACACGUAUUAGAAACGACGAGAAGCCUUUAAUCAGUCCGGGAGAAAUUAUCUAUACCUUGAAGAAGGAGUACGAGAGCGAACCGGAAACUGAAUACCUCCGACCAAAGAAGAUGGCUGAUUUGGGUCCUCGGCAAUUUGAGGGCAUUGGCCCCACCACCAGAGAUGGAAUUCCAGUUGUAUUGAGAUCAGAAGUUAAAGAGGACAAUCAAGCAAAGUGGUACAAAAAAAUGUACGAUUCGCUGCAUCGCGCAGAAAAAAAUGACGACUACGUAACGAUCCGCUACAAGCCACGACGAGGUGCUCGAUAUGGUUGUGGAGGUAGCUCAAGUGGUUAUUUGAGUGAGCCAGAACCUCGUGGUUAUUCCGAAAGAUCUUCCACAAUUGACAAUCGUAGGCGAGUACGCAACAAAGAAAAUGACUUUACCACGUCAACGAUGCCAAAAAAGAGCGGAGCUCUGAAAUGUGCUACUGACGUUUACAAAAAUCAGCCCGGAAGAAUUGAGGACUACGAGCCGGGAAGAUCAUCGAUCGCCGAAAAGGAAGCUAAAGAGUGGUGGGACGAGGUCAUGGACAUAUUUGAUGGGCCGUUCGAGCAGCGUAACACUCACUCAGCAAAACCUUACAUGUCCCACGCUUUGAAAGAAUCGGGCUAUGAAAGCGAUUCUACGCUAAUAUUUCGUAGAAGAGAAGACGUCAAUCCUUUAAGCCCUCUGAGCCCUUUGGAACAAAGGAUAGCAUAUAAAACGGUACAACAAGGUGGGGACGUGCCUCUCCAUGGUCUUCGAAAACCAGCACCAGAACGUCCAAAAGACGACUCUGAGAUCGAGUAUUUCCCGAUCUCUCCCACUUUGACGAGGAUUCGAGUUCACAGGAAAAAUCCUGUAGCCUCGUCGUUCAAGUCGUCGAUGACUUUUGCACGGUACAAGAGGAAAGCACCUUCUAUGGCGACCAUUUCUUCGAAAAGGUCAACUACCGAAACCCAUUCCAUACCUGUGCGACAACAGAAAGGCUCAUCUUCUAUUUCGGGUAGACUUUCCUCUAGAGUGACAUCUCCAGUCCGACCUCCCUCACCACCAAGAAGAGAAUCCUCUAGAAAUAAUCGAGCACUCCAACUCUACUCGAAUUGUUACAAUUCACAACAACCUAAAACAAGACACGAACAGUGUUUUGUAGCUGAUAAAGUUUCGAGUAUUAGGUUCUUGAGAGAACGACUCAGUGGCAAUUUGGAAAAACAUAAAAGAGAGAGGGACGAAGCUCAGAAACUGAGAACUACUAGAGCUGCUUCUUCUAGUCCUGUUUGCUUGAGUAGAUCCUCAAGAAUUCUCUCACCAGAUCCUGUAAAGCACAAAUCAGAAGCUUGUCUCUCUAGGAGUCUUGAUCGAAUUCGUCCCCGAAUUUCCUCCAAUUCCAGUCCUGCAAGAAAUACAAAGGAGCCACAAGAAAGGAUAUUUUUUCCUAUGAAGACGUGUGAUCUAUCAUGUAAAAGUCAAGGAAAAGCUACACCCAUCUGCCAACAUAACGGUACCAAACCCUUGGCAGCUUCUGCAAAGAAAGAACAAUCCAAACUUCGAAGAACAAGGAAAGAACAAGAGGAGUCGUGCAAGAGACUCAGCAGAUCUUCUGCUGAUCUGUCGGUGCCCAUUGAUCUACAGAAGCCAGUUCCUAAACUGAGAGAUAAAGAAGGACCCAGCAAAGUUCUUCCUCCUGGAACUAUCUCCAAAACUUCGACAGCUCCUUACGCAUCAAGUUCUAGUCUCAAUAAACCGAAACCUCUUAAGGAUAAGUUCUUAAAAGUCACAGUCUCGAUAUCCCCUAAAGCUAGGGAACUUUUGCAAAAAUCUAAAGAGAGCAAUAGCGUUACGAGUUUAUCAAAAAUAUCCACAACUUCGUCGCCGGUUUGUGCUCGGAAAAGGAAAAAGUACCGAGAUAAGCCUCAGACCAUUGUGAGAACAUCCCCAGCUAAACCUCUCACGAUACAGAUAAAUCCAGAAGAUAAAAAAUCACCAAAGAAGACAAUGAGGAAAGAUAAAUUGGAAAAAAGUUCAAAAUCAAAGAGUUACAAUAGUAAAAAAGGUGAGGUACAGAAAUCUAUGUCUAUUAAAAGACAGGAACCAGAUAGGAAACUUAGACAGAAGGUUAGCUCUGAAGAUGAGAUACCAGCUUUGACUAUAGAGCAAAUCAAGAAACAUCAGGAAGCAACAAGGUCUAAUACAUUCUUUCAAAGUCUUUUUCUUCGAAACAUUUCUCCAACGCCUUCUCAAACUAGCAUUUUUAGAAAAUCAGCAGUACUUGAAAGGGCGAAGAUGUUUCAAGAACUAGGAACAGAGAGCUUCAAAUCGGAACCAUCUCUUAGGUCUCUGAACAUCUAUCUUACAAACAAGAGAGCAGUUUCUGAUUCUAGAUUCAAAAACUGGGAUCGAGAAAGUCUUUCUUCGAGGUCUUCGAGUCCUCGUGGUGUUUCUUGUCCUGGUAGGUGUAUUUUUCAAAAAGUAAGUAAAUUUGAUAGCUUACGAGGUGCUGAAGAUUUUGGAUCUUCUGCUUCUCUACGUGGUCGCAGUUCUGAUUCGGUGAGGGAAACCAAAGAGAGAAGUCUAAGUGAACCACCUUUGAGGACCUUGCCGGAGCAUAAUUUAUCACGUUCUUCAUUACCAUCACUUACGAGGUCUCCUUUAUCUCGUCGAAUACGAAAUCUGAGACAAGAUCAGAAAAAUAUGACAGAUCAGAUUGAUUCUGGACCAAAUUUAGAGGAGAGUAUUGAAAAAACAAGGAAAGUCAGAGCCAGAAGUGUAGGUGAUGUAGACAGUUCUCUUGAUAAAAAAGCAGGAUUGGGUUCCAAUCUGUCUCUAGCAAGAAGCACCAGUUCUUUGAAUACUGAUGGAGAAGAUUAUCAUCAGUAUAUCCUAGAGAUUCUCCACUGCAAAAAGAAGUCAAACCGGUACAGAGAUUUACACGAUUUUUAUGCAAGUUUAGAGAAGAUGGGAGAAUUGGAGAAGACAACUUCAACUGGUGAUCUUCGUCCUAGAAUGAAAAACAAGGAGAUAAUAGAUUACGAUCGUUGGAAGGAAGUUCGAACCAAGGAAAAAGCUCAUCAGGAACUCAAAGUUCUUUAUGGAAAAUUGAAAACAGCACAAAAAGAGAAGGAUUUUCUCUUCAGUACCAAGGACCUUGAUAGAUACAGAUGGCGAGGGGAUGCAGGACUUAGAUGUAAGGAAAGAUCAGUCGAAAAUAUUAAAGAACAAUUUAGGAAACUUGCUAAUGAAGAAAGUGAAUUGGAAGCAACGAGGCAAAGAGAGAUAGCGUCUAAGAAAGAUGUUUAUAAGCCUCUCUGGAGAGGUAGUUCCGUCGUUAAUGUUGCAAAUACUAUGUCAAAAAAAGCGAGUGAUAAAGCAGACCAGGAAAAGUUGAAUGUGACAUCGUCUCUUCAAAGGACUCUUGGGGGAAGUAAGAACUUUUGGAGCAGUUUAUCCACUGAUCAGGUGAAUACACUCAAGAAUCAAUUGAAAGAAAUAUAUGGAAGUGAUAACCCUAAAGUUAAGUCUUUAAAAAAACAGAGUGAUGCCUCACAAAGUGAGAAUCAUCUCCAGAAGCUCCCUCCUAAGCAUGUUUCACAAGGACCAUCAAAAGAAAAGUUAAGCCAUGAAAAAGACUCAUCGAAAAAGUAUGAGAUCAUUGUUCCGAAGACUGGAGAUAGUUCAAAGGAAGAUAGCAAACUUCAUGUUAGAUGUCAUUCGAUGAUUGUCGAUAAAGAAGAAGUUGAUAAUCAUUUGAAAAAAAGAAGUGACUCAAUUAGUCGAGUCAGAAGUUUAGAAAGGUCUCAAUCAGACCGGGUAGUUGUUCCUUCCUCAUUGAGUGAGUUAGAGAAGAAAAAACUAUCUCUCACUCUCAGCAAAGAGGUUUUGGAUAAGGUGCAAAAAAAGUCGAUAAGUCCACGGGAAACUAGAGGAGCAAUUGCCGCUGCUAUGGCAUCUAAAGACAUAACAAAAAUCGAUACAGAAAAAAAAACACCUCCACGAACGACUUCCUCACUAGAGAACACAAAAGAAAAAAGUGACUUUCUUCUAAUCCUAACACCAAACAACGGAAGCCCUUCAACUAUUCGACGAGUAGAAAACGUCCUUGAGGAAUGGUCCAAAAAACCACCACAAUUAGCAAUGGCAAUGCCAGAGUCCUUAGUGAAGUUUUCAACUUCUGGAAGUGAGUUUGAUAGUGCAACAGAGAGUUCCGAAGCAUCAGUAAGAACAGUUGUACAAAAGGACUCUGAAGAAGUACCUAAGAAGGUGGAUUUUUUUGAAAAUAUUGAAAAAAAGGAAGUUCCAAUAAGUAGCAACAUUAAAAGAUGCAAACUUUCUUUAUCCCAAAGUUUUGCUGACUUGAAAGAACUCUUUGGUGAAGUUGAAUCAGCGAAGUACGAGACACUACCUUUUUAUGGAAUUCGAUCGCGGUCGAUCUCUCCCAGGAGAGGAAGGGGGACUAGAGGAAGAAGUCCAUCCGCUUCGCCGGACAAUCUGAACACGCGACAAUUCCGCACUUGUUUAAGAGACCGUGAAUAUGAAAGACCCCGCAGUGUCAGUCCCUAUCGAGACGGGACUUUGACGAACUCAUCCUGCAGUCUCGAGAGUCUUUGGCACAGAAGCACAUCACCUGAUCCGGAAAGGUAUUGGCGAACGUAUUUAAAAUUGGUGAGAAACGGAACCGUUCGUAGACUUCGGAAUAAGUUUGAAAGCCUUGAAGAUCUUUCCCUAAGUCAUUCCAAAAUUAUAGUGACUCCUAAGAGGUUUCAAAGUGAUCCUGAACUCACGAGGAACUUGCUGAGGAAGGUGAGUGAUGCUAGAAAAGCUUACAUCAAACCUCAAGAGAUUCCGGAUGUAGCCUGGUUACGCAAAAAAUAUGAACCAGUGAGAGGAAGAGCCAGAAGAUCAGGGAGUUCGCCACCGAUUCCUAGAGUUCCACUCCGACUGGAGGACUUGUCGAUGCCGCACAUUAACGUCAUUAGCAAAAUGGCAGAGUUAAAGGAUUCUUCGAUUCUCGAAUCCAUUAAUUCGAUCGCGAUGAAGGAGGAAACGAAAGAAUUGGAGGCGAAACGUCCUGUUGGCAGGGUUCGUGAGAAGUUUGAAAAAUCUGGAAAGGAUGAUAAAACAUCGAUUUUGGGAGAGAUGUUUACCUCGACGCCGAAUGUUCAUGAGCUGAGAGAUAUUGCACCCUAUUUGGCUGGGAGAUGGGUUGCUCAUAAGUAUCCUAGUCGACGAGAUAAUGCACGUUCAUUGUCUUCGCCACCUGACCUUGAAAAUAAUAAAGAAGGUGGGAAGGAUGUUGCUUCUGAUGCGAGUUCCAUUACCCCUCCAAGAAGAAGAAAGAGGAUGGAAAGACCAAGAGCCACUUCGUCAUCUCCAGUGAGACCGAGGACGCCAGUUUCCAUUUUAAAACAAAAAAGUGAAGAUGCCUUUGCUAAUCAAAAUUUCGACCCUAGCAAACACAGGCCGAGGUACAGAUAUCAACCUCCACCUCCUCCACCUUCGCCAACUUUUCGACGAGAAUCUCGACCUUGGUGGCCACCUUUACCAACUUACACUGCAAGACCGACGGUUACUUUUGAAGAGUACUCGAUCGCACCACCACCACCGCCCAAAGCCCAGCACUACAGAGGCGAUUUUCAAGAAUCGCCAAGGCGGUAUGUGGAAGGCGAGGUGACAAUUCACUAUCGUUCCCCAGUUCGUACGGAAGCUAAAGAGCACCUGAGCGAAGAGGAACUCGCUCGCAGAAGUGCGGAAAAUAUGCGCCGGGUCUACCAGGAGGAGAGACGUCGGAAAUAUCUUCAGGAACUUCACGAUAUCGACUCGCGACGUCACACAGACAAUUUCAUACCUUCCCAGAAAUCCCCGAUAUCUUUGAACCGAUACGAUGAUUUUCUUGAUGACCUUAGCCAGAGAAGCAGAUCUCAAGAGCAAACACCGGAACCAAGAUUGGUGGCAAGAGCACUUUACAAUUUUAUUGGUCAGUCUCCUAGGGAGCUGACUUUCAGAAGAGGAGAUCUCAUCUUCGUCAGGCGUCAGGUGGACAAAAAUUGGUUUGAGGGAGAACACAAUGCCAUGAUAGGACUCUUCCCCUUCAAUUAUGUCGAGAUUCUUCCAUACGAUGGAAUUAGAACGACACCAAAGAAACCCUAUGAAGGACAAGCACGAGCCAAAUUCAAUUUUAUCGCUCAGACAAAUCUGGAAUUGUCUUUAGCAAAAGGAGAAAUGGUGGUAUUAACUAGAAGGGUUGACGAAAAUUGGUAUGAAGGUCGGAUUGGAAGUCGGAAGGGAAUCUUUCCGAUUUCUUACGUCGAUGUAAUCGUAGAACCAGGACACAGGCCAGAAACUCCCGUCCAAACGAAACCUGUUGCCUCGCCAGCAGCUCACAGUCUAUUAUCCAAUGGAUCUGCCGGUGGCAAAAUGAGCAUGGGACCUCAUCAUUAUACACCAUCAAUACCAGUUAACACUAACUCAUCACAGCCCCAUUAUAAUUCAUUGCCACGAAUGGGAGGAAGUAAACUGCACGUAGCGCCUGUCAAUGAAACUUUGCACAUCGAUACACACUCUGAACCAAUGCCAUACCGAGCGUUGUACAACUAUAGACCGCAGAACGAAGACGAAUUGGAGUUAAAAGAAGGGGAUACGGUUUACGUAAUGGAAAAGUGCGACGAUGGAUGGUACGUGGGUUCCAGUCAGCGAACCGGAUAUUUUGGUACCUUCCCCGGAAACUACGUCGAGAGAUUGUGAGGACGGCUAAAAUCCCGUGAUCUAGAGCGGGCCAAAAGAUCGUGAGGAAGAUCACUUCACGGAAAAAGGGUAUCGAAAAACCAUCAAAGUUAUCAAUUUAAAAAAAAAAACAACGACCCCGAUUUCAAGAAAUCAUCACAACGUGAACACUGAUAUCCGGCAGAUAUAAAAAAAUGUCCUAGCGUCAUUUCCUCUUUUCCAGGAUCGAUCCUUCCUAAAUAUAAGUUUUCAGGAGUUAUAAAAUUCUCCACCGAGAAUUUUUUAAAGAAACCUUUUAAAUCCCUUUUUAAGUUUGAUGUAGAGGUAUCGAUAAUUUUUGCAAAAUACAUUUAUAAAUUACGCCAGUCUUCCUAAGAUCACAGUCACGUCAAUCGACCACACGUGCACUCGAUCAAUCAUUAAUGACAAUUUUGUCGUGUACGUAACGUAUCAUCUACCAAAUAUAAGCUAAGAUAACGUGUAAGUAGUGUACAAUAACGUUAAUAAUUUAUUAUUGUUGUAAUAUCGUUUUGUAAUUGUGCAUCCACAACGCUGUUUUCCUCGUAAAGGCCUACCAAAAAUAAUUGCAGAGCGCAUUAUUUAAAUCUACAUUUUCAAAAGAUGUGGAUUUCUUUCAAUCCAAUAAAAAAUCUUGCAGUUUCAGAUACCAUGAAACUUUCUCAGAAAGAAUAUUACAUCACAAAAAAUUAUUCAAAUGCAAGAUUUAUAGAAACUAUGUAUAUGUAAGUGCUUCUCCAUUCAAAAAUAAUUUGUUUUGAAAAAACUAAACUCUUCGUGGUAUGUUCUACUCAAAAGCAUACUUCGUAUGAGUACAAUUAUUGAGAGUAGUUACUUGAAUAAUUUAACAAACAUUAUUGAGAGUUUGCCUUCCCAAAUUCAUAUUUUUGUAAACAUUAUUUAUACCUAAUCUUAAAAAUAGGAUAGACGAGAACGAAUGAUUUAUGACCCAAGUUUGCAGGUCUAAAAAUAUAUUUGAAAACUUAUCGAAAAUAAGUUAACGUUAAACUUUAUUAUGUGUAUGAGUGUCAUUCUCUAAAAUUUGAAAAUCAAGAGAGUUAAUAUUGUACUUCUCGAACAAAAUGAUUUUAUCAGAAAAACUUGUAUUGUCAAGAUUUUAGUGAUUUUAAAAUCGUUUUAAAAUUGCCAGUUUUAGAGUGAAGUUGUAGAAAAGUGCGUCAUUUCCGACGUAGUUCAAAAUCAGACAAUACUAGUUAAUACGUGUUAUCGAUAAAAUGACUGUUGCUACAGCUACUAUUAAAAUUUUUAGAGUAAUUGCUAUUCCUAAACCAAGGGCAUUAAAUCUCUAAGAAUAAAGGCAUCUUUUGUCCCUCAGGAGUCUCUUUAAAAAAAACUUCUUGAACUCACAUCUUCUAGUCUGUUAAUAAUCCCCUACUGGCUUUACAUUGUCCUCGAAAUAUUAUAUUAUAAAAAAUAAAGCCAUUAUGAAUCCACCUUACAUAUCUCCUGAUAUAACGAUAAACUUUUCUGGUGAAAAAAAAAUUUGAUACUCUUGGAAUACUUUGGACAGACAGUUUCUGCGAAAGAAGACAAAAGCAAAGUUUUUCAGAGAAAUUGAAAAUUCUAAAACUCUCGAAAAAAUUCCGAACUUGGAGAUUCGAAGGAAUUUGAAAUUUUGAAGAGAGGUUCUUUGGAAAUAAAAAUGAAUAAAUUUAUAAAAUAAAUAUAUGUGCGGAAUAAAGAGGCGAUUUUUUCACCUGCUAAAUUAGUUAAAGGCGCUCUGUAUCAAAAAUGUGGCCAAUGAGGUGGCGAGAAAGAAACGAAUAAUAAAAUUCUUCCCAUGGGAAACUGUUAGGAUAAAAAUAAUUAAACUGAACCGCUGGUGAGUUUAAUUUUGCGAUUAUGUCCACUUUCAACGGUCGACGUUCAAUUCUUGAAGAGUUUUUUUUACCGAACAGCCAUAGAUUUCGGUCUUGUAGGUGAAACAAUUUUUUUAUCUGCUUUAUCAUUUACUGAAAAAUAUUUAUUCAUUUAGCCCUAGCUGUUUGACCUGAAUAACGCUCAUGGCGGCUUCUAUAUUUUGAUAUUUAAACUUUUAAAUAUUCUGUAAAUGCGCGCUGAACACCACACUGCGUUCUCUGUAUGUAACCAAUAUAUAUGACGAAUACAUUGCUAAAAUUGA